AUGUCAAUGGUGGACGAGCAGUACGACGCUGGCCCGCCCCAGGCGCCGCACGGGCUGCUGCUGGCGGUCGUGGUGGGGCUGCUGGUUGUGUGGCCGCUUUUCCUGGGUCGCGGCGGCGAGGCGGUCACCGAUGCCAUCGCCAAUGCCAUCGCCGAGAUGCUCGGCCCCGUGGGCCUGCUCCUCCUCCCGGUGGGGCUCCUCCUCCUCAUCCACCUCCUCUCCUCCGACGCCGCGCCCGACGCCCUGCACCACGUCGCGGGAUCCCCCAUCGGCGUGGCGCUCAUGUUGGUCCUCAUCCUCGCCUUCCUCUACUACCGGUCGGCGCUCUUCCGCAGCGGCGGAGACGAUGACGAGUAG